AUGCUGUGCCUCCGGGGAACAGCUGGAGUUUAUCGCUGUCAGCUGCAGGUACUGCGGGGUCCGGUGGUAGCACAGGCGGAUGCAGGAGCGGUAAAGGCAGAGAGGUUUACAGAGGUACAGUGAGGUUGGGAGGGAGCUGCAACUCGGUCACCUCGUCGAGCCGCUGCAGCAAGGCUGACAGUGCGCCAGAGCAGGGCUACGUCUCGCUGCCCCUCCGAGCCGCUUCAAACGUGCAUCGACAGUACGAGAAGAGAGGGGCGGGGAAGGCGGCGCCACUGGCGCCCGGGCCCUUCCACGCCCCGUGACGGCACCGCCGGGGCGGGGCCCGGCGCCGCUUCCUGGGGCGGGCCCGGGGCACGGCCCGGGGGCGGUGGGCCGGGCAUGGGGGGCGCCGGGCCGCGGCGGGGGCCCGCGGGCCUGUGGGUGACGCUGGCGCUGGCCUGGGGCGCGGGGGCCGCGCUGGCCGCGGAGGGGCUGGCGGAGCCGUGCGGGGCGGAGGGGUGGGCGCAGGACGCCGUCCCGCCGGGCGCGGCCUUCGUCGCCGCCGCGUCGUACCGCGGGCCCGGCAACAACGACACGCGGAGCAACAAGGCGCUGCCCAUCCUGCUGUGGUGGAGCGGGAGCCUCUUCCCGCACUUCCCCGGCGACACGGAGCGCAUCGACUGCCGGCGCGGCUCCUGCCUCGUCACCCGGAGCCGGCGGGUGGCCCGGCACCGCCGCACGAAGGCGCUCAUCUUCUACGGCACCGACUUCAGGGCGUACGAGGCACCGCUGCCCCGCCUGCCCCACCAGACCUGGGCGCUCUUCCACGAGGAGUCCCCCAUGAACAACUACGUGCUCUCGCAUUCGCCCGGCAUCCGGCUCUUCAACUACACGGCCACCUUCCGCCGGGAGUCCGACUACCCGCUCACGCUGCAGUGGCUGCCUGGCACCGGCUACCUGCGGGCCCCGGCCGUGGCCCUGGCCGAGAAGGACGCGUGGCGGCGGAAGGGCUACGGCCCGGUGCUGUACAUGCAGUCCCACUGCGAUGUGCCCUCGGACAGGGACCGCUACGUGCGGGAGCUCAUGAAGUACAUCCAGGUUGACUCCUAUGGGAAAUGCCUGCAUAACCGUGAGCUUCCCAGUGAGCGACUGAGAGACACUUCUACAGCCACUACAGAAGAUUCUGAAUUCAUGACUUUUAUUGCCAGGUACAAGUUUCAUCUGGCCUUGGAGAAUGCCAUAUGUGACGACUACAUGACAGAGAAGCUGUGGCGUCCCAUGCACUUGGGUGCUGUCCCAGUGUACCGGGGCUCCCCAGCUGUGCGAGACUGGAUGCCAAACAACCUCUCCAUCAUUCUUAUAGAUGACUUUGACAGCCCCCAAGAGCUGGCAAAGUAUCUUGAUUUCCUGGACAAGAAUGGAGAGGAAUAUUUGAAGUAUCUAGAGUACAAAAACGUUGAUGGAAUCAAAAACCAAUUCUUGCUAGAGAGUUUGGAGAAGCGGGAGUGGGGUGUGAAUGACAUGACUCUGCCCAAUUACCUGAAUGGCUUUGAGUGUUUCAUCUGUGACAAGGAGAACACGCGGGUCAAAGAGGAGCAGGAACACAAAAAGUCUCGUGGGAGAAUUCCAGCUCCCAGACCUCAAAUAGCUCAGUUCAAGCAUAUGGGAUGUCCUGUGCCAACCCCUGGGUUUGGAAGUGUUGAAGACCUCUCUGAGGGAGACAGUUGGAAAGAAAUGUGGCUACAGGAUUAUUGGCAAAGUCUUGAUCAGGGUGAGGCCCUCACUGCUAUGAUUCAUCGCAAUGAGUCUCAUCAGGGAAGAUUUUGGGACUAUAUGCAUGAGAUUUUUCUCAAGAGGACAAGGCAACACUGACCCAUCUUUGUAAGAGCUUGAUUUGAAACUUGCAUUGAAAGUUGAGACUGUGAAUUCUUACCUCACUUCAAAUGUUUGCCUUGAAAAAAACAAAACCAAAAAGCCUCUCACAGAGACAAUCUUUCCUGGUGCAUGAAUUGAGUAAGUUUCUGUUAUGAUUGGAGUUCAGCAGUGGAAAUGUUAGCAACUGCUUUGAGUUUCAGCUCUGUGGUGUGAAGCCGCUCCUGACUUGCAGGUGUCAACAUGUGGGGGCAAAAGAGGAAUUUACUCUCCUUUUGCAUUUGCUAUACUUAUAUUGUGUCUUACAUGACUUCAGGUUUUUGCUCAAGUGCCCUAAGUUAUUUCAGGGAUUUUUUAAGUCUUCAAAAUACUGGCUUUUAAAGUAUUUAAUCAGUCACAUAUUCUCUUCAUUACUUUUAGCUGCUAUUAACAAAUGGCUUUUCCAGUGAAGGAAUUCAAAAUACACAUCUGUGAAGAGCAGUUGUGCCUUAUGAAAUUGCUGCAAUAAAGUCUCUUCUCCCCAAGUAACAUGCCUCAGAUACUCCUCCUUUUCAAGGUAACUGAAUACGUAUGGGCAGGUCACUUUACUCUCUGCCUAAUUUUCCUCUUUUGCUGACUUAGCAGAUGAUAUGUACAAUGGGAUGGGAAAACAAAUUAUUUAAGUUGCAACUUUCAAUGAAGUAUUUCACACCAGAAAGUGUAUUACCUGGUAUUGUGUAGAGCAAAAUAAAAUUUGUAUGCUUUGGUUCUUUUGAGUUUCCAUCAAA